GCAUCGAGGGACCCAGGAGUCAACCUUGAGACCUUCAGCAAGUCCAGCCAGCCCUACCAUGACAAAGGAGUAUCAAGAUCUUCAGCAUCUGGACAACGAGGAGAAUGACCAUCAGCACAGAAAAAGGCCGCCUCCUCCCCACUCACUCUUUCGGCGUCUCUGCUCCGGACCCAGCCUCAUCCUGAUCUCCAUCGGCCUUAGCCUCCUGCUGCUGGUGGUUGUCUGUGUGAUCGGAUCCCAGAACUCCAAGCUGCAGGAGGAGCUGCGGGCCCUGAGAGAAACGUUCAGCAACCUCACAGUGAGCACGGAGGCCAAGGUCAAGGCCCUGAGCGUCCAGGGAGGAAAUGUGGGCAGAAAGAUGAAGUCUCUGGAGUCCCAACUGGAGAAACAGCAGCAGGACCUGAGUGAAGAUCACUCCAGCUUGCUGCUCCACGUGCAGCAGUUUGUGUCUGACCUGCGAAGCCUGAGCUGUCAGGUGGCCGUCCUCCAGGGCAACGGCUCUGAAAGGACGUGCUGCCCCGUGAACUGGGUGGAGCAUGAAGGCAGCUGCUACUGGUUCUCUCGCUCGGGGAAGCCCUGGCCCGAGGCUGAGAAGUACUGCCAGCUGGAGGACGCCCACCUGGUGGUGGUGGGCUCCUGGGAGGAGCAGAAAUUUAUCCAGCAUCACAUGGGCCCUGUGAACACCUGGAUGGGUCUCACUGACCAAAACGGGCCCUGGAAAUGGGUAGACGGGACAGACUAUGAGUCGGGCUUCAAGAACUGGAGACCAGAGCAGCCGGACGACUGGUAUGGGCACGGGCUCGGAGGAGGUGAAGACUGUGCCCACUUCACGGGCGACGGCCGCUGGAACGAUGACGUCUGUCAGAGGCCCUACCGGUGGGUCUGCGAGACACAGCGGGACAGGGACAGUGAAAGCUAGCAGCCUCCUCUCCCCCUAAUUUAUUUCCUCAAUGCCUUUACCUGCCGUAGGGCUCCUGGUUUGGGGACCCUCCUAUCUGGGGGCUUCUGGAUUUUCAUCUAA